AUGUCGACAAGUGCUGGCAGAGGAGGCUUCCGCAGACACGUCAAAAGGACCGCUAGCGUCCAGACAGAAACUGCAGGAUGGAGCGAUCCGUUCCACUUGGACCCGUCCAUGAUUUACACGGUCAUGGGGGCUUUGAAAGUUGGAGGAUACCGUUCCGCGCAGCUCUACCUGGACGCAGCCAAGAAUUGCCACAUCGCACAGGGCCUCCCAUGGAGCGACCAGCUGCGACAAGCUUAUCGGGCAGCUGUGACGGGGCAUUGGCAAUUCGAAGCAGGCAGGAGGGCUCCCACUCGAGCAAGCCAACCCGUGGCUGCCACCGUCCUCGCCUCAUGGUGGCUCCUUCGAGAGAUCGAAGCUUCUAGAGCACGCAGGAAGCACAUCACCGUGAACGUGGCGGACUGCAGAGUCACCUGGCGACUUCCCAGCUCGAAGACAGACCAGGCAGCUUUGGGAGCAGAGAGGUCACACACCUGUUCGUGUGCGCUGCACUCACCCAACCUUUGCCCUUUCCAUGUCAUGAUUGGGCACCUGGCCAACCUGCCGGAAGCACCGGAUCAACCCAUCUUCCCCGCAGAGGACGACUCGAUCCCGGCGUCCAAGGAAGGGUGGGCCGAUACCUUCGAACAGCUUGCCAUGCACCUCGGCUUACCCGUGACUCACAGCAACGGUGCCCGUAUGUUUACGGGGCACUCUGCACGGGUUACGGGCGCACGUUUCAUGGCCGAGCACAACAUCGAACUAUGGCGCAUCCAACUGUUCGGGCGCUGGGGCUCUGACGUGUUCAUCCAGUACAUUCAGGAUGCACCCCUGAAGCAAUUGGACAAGUUGGCCCUUGAAUCCACUGCCACCAUGUCCGUUCAAAGAGCCCAAGAACAGCUCCAACUUUUACAGCAACGCAUAGCGUCCUGUAAGAGCCAAUUCAUGCACCCGGAGCCAGAUAUGCUCCAUGAUUGCGCCGCCGGGAUACCACAAAUCCCUGAGCACGACAACCGUCCUGGGGUGAUCAUUCAGAACACCGCGCGCGACGGGAAGUUUCAUGCAACUUUAAUUUACAAGCUCGAUCUUCCCCCCAAACAAUGGCGCACCCGUUGCGGAUGGCCGUUUGGGAAGAACCAAGCUGACUUUAAGGCGCAUGAGUCCGUUGACAGAAUGCCCCUGCGCGAUCGCUGCAGUAAAUGUUUUCCCAAAACCCACGCCACCCGAGUGGACACCCCAUCUUCCACCGACGACCAGCGCGCUGAAAGCGCAGGUGGGGAAGACUAA